UAAAUCUGUGAAUAGCAACAAUGAUAUAGAUACAAACACUUCAACUUCAAACACAAACAACGAUACAAAUAUAGCGAAUGAAUCAACAAGCGAUUCUUAUGAAAAUGAUCCAGCUUUAGAAUGUAUUCAUGAUUCUAGUCAAACCGAAAUGAAGUCCAUAUCUAUAGAAGAGUAUCGAAGAAUUUUAAACGCUACUGUUGAAUUGUACAAAGCCACUGAAACCAUACAAAAAUUGGAAUUGUUAAUUCAAAAGAAGGAUGAUAAAAUCAAAUAUUUGGAGACUCAGCUUGAAAUUGCACAAGGGAAACGAAUUGAAGGUCUUUCGCAAGAACAAUAUGAAGUAUUGAGCUGUUUGAUUCAUCCAAUGAUGGUACGAAACUCAUAUCUACCGAGUGUGAGGAAAUUCUGUUUAAGAAUGGUAUUCCAUUCUACAGCUGCUUAUAAUGCGCUGAGGAACUUCUUCAAUAACAAUUUACCGGCACAUCGAACCAUACAGAGAUGGCUACAUUGCAUCGACGCAACGCCUGGAAUAACACAAAUGGCUUUGGAUGCAAUCACAAAAAAAGUAGAAGAAUAUACAGAUCGAAACAAACAACUAUACUUGUGCAUAAUUCAUGACGAAAUGUCGAUGAAGCAGCAUGUAGCCUGGAGUGAAAAUGAAAAUCUUUUCAAGGGAUUCGCCACAACAACAAAUGCAAGCAAUGAAGGAAAAAGACUUCCAGUAGCCAAAGAUGUUUUGGUGUAUAUGGCAGUUGGGCCUGAUUUUAGAAUAGCGGUCGCUUAUUUCCUGUUAAAUGGUCUGGAAGGUAUUGAUAGAGCUGUCUUAAGCAAAGAAGUUAUACGAUCUGUUGAAAAUACAGGAGCCGUUGUCAUAUCAUUGACUGGAGAUGGUUUGUCAGCGAACAUCACAUCUUAUGAAUUUCUUGGUUCGGACUUUAAGUCUAAAAAACCAUAUUUCCCCAGCCCAACUCAUCCAGAGAGGGAGAUAUACAUAAUAUACGACCCUCCACAUAUGUUGAAGAUUAUUCGUAAAGAUUUUUCAACCCGUAAACUGUAUCACAAAGAUGAGCUGUUGAAUUGGAAUCUAUUGAGUCUAUUGGCAGCGAAACAAGAUGGUGACAAUUUCGGAUUAGGAAACCAGCUAACACAACGUCAUCAUAUUAACUGGAAUAUUUCACCGAUGACCGUUAGAUAUGCUGCCGAAACCAUGAGUAAUAGUGUCGCUGAUGCUUUGGAGCAGUUAUGUGAAGAUAAAUAUGCUGAUUUUGAGAAGUGUGAAUCUACAGUUCAAUUAAUUCGAUUGUGUAAUAAUGUCUUUGAUGCAUUAAACUAUGGCGAAGGGAAAAAAACGAACAAUCAAUUCAAACAACCUAUUUGUGAAUCAACAUUACCCGCAUUUCUGAAAUUAUUUGAAGAGUUCAGGAAAUUUGUUGAUGAAAUAUCAAUCGAAAUAGUAAACAAAAAUGGUACGUCGAUGAAAAGGAGCAUAAGCAGCUAUUUUUUUAAGAAGUCGAACAAGUUUGUGGGCUUCUGUGGCUUUUUGCAGAAUAUGAUUAGUGUCAUUGGUAUUUAUACUGAUUACAUGACGAGCCCUGAAUCACCUGAUAAAUUCUUCACUUUCCAAUUUAGCCAGGACAGUUUGGAGACAUAUUUUUCGUUGAUUAGAAGUAGUCUUGGAGCGAGUUCCAAUCCAAAUGCUCAACAAUUCAUGUCUGCAUACCGGAAACUUUUGAUUUGCAUGCCUCAUAUGUCUUCGAAGCACACCAAUUGUAAUUACUUUGAUGUGUCAAACAUAUUAACCGUCCCAUCCACGCAAAUGCUGAGCACACCAUUACACAUUGAAGUAAUCCGCGCAAAAGAAAUUGAAAUCGACACUGAUUAUCAAACAUUGAUAACAGCAGAAAUGGAUCCUUACGAAAACCACAUCAUUGCUUAUGUUUCAUCAAACAUUGAAGCCAGUAUUAUGCGAAAAAUCAAAGCGCAAUCGGUGUCUGCUUGCCAGGAUUGUUUGGCAGUAUUCACUGAGAACAAUAAAAUUUCUGAUAGCUUUAUAGCAAGAAAAAACCAAUCAGGUGAGCUGUUGGCCCAGCCAUGCUGCAGUACACAGAAUAUAAUUCUGGUUUGCGAAGCAGUUUGCAAAAUUCUUCAGGAAAAAGCGCACGUCGAGCACAAGGUUGUUACCAAAACAAUCUUCAAUUGCUUAGACAUUGAAGAUUUAUACCAAUCAACUCUGUUCAGUACUCAUCAUGACAAACUUGAUAACGACUUAUCGCAUAAAGAUAAAUUUAUAUUCGACAUCGUGCUAGAAUACAUGCGUAUGAAAUCCAUGAAUAUCGGUCGACGAAUCACCGAUGAAGAAUGGUUAGAAAGCAUGAAAAGAAGAAAAGCAAGACGAACGAAAAUUGUGACGGGAAGAUAA